AAAACAAACAGAGGCUUAUAAUGCUAAACAGUCGACGGCAGAGGAACAAAACCUCCCUAGGGUUUUGUUUUUCUUGGUUUACCCGGUUGCAGAAUCGUCACCCUCGUCUGCAUGAAUCUCUCGCGAUCACUAGGCGGAUUCCUCUUUUCCUCCAGCCCUAAGAAAUGGGAUCUUAUUAAAUCCGUAUCGUCCUUACGUUCUCUCACUUUCUCCACCGAGAGGGUAGCAAGAGUGUAUCAGAAGAGCUCGAAACCUCCGGCUAAGGCCAAUGUCGACAUUCCAGUGGAAUUAACGACUGCGAAAAAUCCGCCGGAGCUGCCGCGGCCGAGCUUGAUCCCCUUUCAGCCCAAAGUCGCUAACUCUGUCCACCUUGUGGGCACCAUUGACACUCCUGUCAAGCUACACCAGCUUUCCGAUGGAUGUUACGCCUCUUUAUCGAUCGUUGUUAAUGAGAACAUGGAGAUGCCCAAGUAUACCUCGCGGUUUUGGAUGCCAAUAAUAUUUCGUGGAGAUUUGGCGGAAAUUGCUGCAUGCCAUUUGAAGACAAAUGAUAUCAUAUAUGUAUCUGGGCAGCUUACUGGAGACGAUCUUGCUCAUACACAUGAGGAUACUAGGGAAAAUAUCAAGCUUUUAGCUCAUAGCCUGAACUUUGUCAAGGAUGCUAGCUCACAAAAAAGAGGCGGAUACAUACACAUGCAGGAAGAGGUAUCUACUUCUGAUUCAGGUGAUAUGAAGCCGUCUGAUAAUGUCAAGAGUUUGUGGAAUGAAUUAGUUAUUGAUCCUCAAAAAUGGUUGGACAAUCGGGAGGGGAAGCUGAAGGGAUUGUUAAGUACCAAGAAUCCAGAUUUCAAACAUAACGAGACAGGGAAAGGGUUAUGGCUAAAUACUGCUCCUGAUUGGGUGGUUACAAGACUUGACGGAUUGGUGUUUUGUGAAAGUGUCGAUGCAGCAAAACUGACAAAGAGCAAAUUCGCAAAAAGUGCUUCCCAUGAUCAUUUGUGGAAGAGACUCAUCGAAAACCCGAAGCAAUGGUGGGACAAUAGAUCAUCAAAGCUAAAACCAACCUAUCCUGAUUUCAAACACAAAGAUGAUGGUGAUGCUUUGUGGCUAAACUCAGCGCCAUCAUGGGUUUUGUCAAUGUUGCCUCCGCAACCAGCACCAAAGAACGCCAAUAAUCAGUAGGCUCCUCAUUCUAUAUUAUACAAAGUAUAUUUAAUUGAAUGAAUAUGUUAUUUAUGUGGGAAAUGCAUUUCACAUUGAGUAUAUUUAGGAAGCAUUCACUUUGUUUUGGUGAACAGUGCAUAAGCUUGAGAAUUUGUAAUGUCAGCUGCAUGGUUGGCAUAGUGCAGGUUAUUAAUAUUUGUUUUUUGAACUUUGAAAAUAUUUGGUAUAUUAAUUGUAGUAAUUUUGAAAUUAG